UGAGAGGAGCUCUCGUUUCUGGUUUUGAGGAUUUCUCUGCAAAAUUGAACAAGAUGCCGGAGUACUCCGGCUUUCAACGAGACAAAGAAGAUUUCCUUCCCGAUUUCAAAGAGUACAUGGAGAGGAAUGAACUCAAAUCUUCUCGACUGAAGAUUUCUGAACACCCUGGCUAUAAGUCUCAUUGGUCAAAGUGCAAUCGGAAAGGCGUUGUAUGGGUUUUCUGGAACCUACAAGACCACGACCUUCCUCUCUCUUACGAUCAAUCUGUGGACUCUAUUCCCGAUGUUUGUGCGAGUACAGAAGUUAGACUAGAUAUCAGACAUGCUGUCCAUAAAUUGGUAUUGUACCCGGAACUUAGCGAGGCCCUAGUUCAAUUUUGGGCACCCACAAGAACAUUGGGGGGGGCGGACUUUGCUUACACCUCAAAACCAACCUUUUGCUUUUGGUUAUACCACUAAUAUACUGAGAUCGUGGCUUUGUGACUAUAGGAUGGGGAUGUGUAGGGAGUAUAAUAAUAAGUUCUACGCAGAUGCAGAGAGUGGAGAAGAUCAACUUGGGCUUCCUGGCCGUGUCUUCCUCAAUCAACUCCCCGAAUACACCCCGCAUGUGGGGCAUUACACUCUCAAAGAGUAUCCACAACUCGACCUUGCUUUACGCUGUGGCAUUUAUGCAUCUUGGGCUCUGCCGGUGUUUGAACAUUUUUGCCACACCUGUGUUGGUGUACUUGAGAUAGUCUGUCAAUAUAGUGCAACUUUUUAUGAUGAAAAUUUUCUCAGCCGAAUGUAUGAUAUUUUUCAGGAGUUUGGUCUGCGAUGUUUUGAUGGAUAUAAACACUGCAAAAUGCAAGAACUCAAGAUGGUGUAUGAAUCUGUGUGUAAAAUUCAUAACCUCCCUUUGGCUUUGACAUGGGUCUACUGCCGUUCUUGCAACGAUUUACUGCAAAGCCAAUUCCAAUGCACAGUUCUUGAAUAUCUUGACAAAAACGAUUUUGACUUAAGUUCUUGGAUACUUUUGAGUUUCGUAAGAAUAAUUAAAUUUUUGCACUUAAGAAAGGGGCACAUUACUGGGAGGAUACUUCCAUUUCCUAACUUGUUAUACUGCUCGGACAUAAAGCAAUUCAGCAUAGCUGAGUCCCCCUUGGUACCCUAUGCCCGAUUGUGCAAAUUAAGUGGUUGGUUCACAAUGUGCUUGCAAAGUGGUUACACUGGAGAUGAAUUAUACGUGCUAGAGUUCUUUUUGCCCGAAAGCGACGAAAACGAUGAGAACAUAUUGACCAAAUUGAGGUUGAUAUUGGGAACGAUGGUGGAACAUUUCAAAACUUUUAAGCUUGCCUCUGGGCAAGGAUUGGGAGAAGCAUUAUCUGUUGAAGUUAUCGACUUUCAAAAUGGUCAGAAAAGUCAUUCCAUUCAAAUGAUCCCAGCUACUGGAUGUAUUCCUAGUCUUGAACUCUUACAGGAUGGAGGAGUAAUGUUGCAGCAAGAUCAACAGGAACAGCCAUCAAUAGAUGUCAUAAACAGUGCACAAAACUACAAUUUGCCUUUUAUUGAUUCCUUGCAGAAUGGAAAAGUGACAAAGCAAGUAGAUUCAUCUGAUCAGCAGUCAAUGAAUCCUUCGAACAAGGGACAGAAUGUUAUCACUGCAGAACGAAACAUCCUUGUGGUAUCUAGUUCAAAAAAAGGUAAAAGAAGACUCAAGAUGAGGAACAUAAAAAAGCUGGAGUUAGAAUUGAAGUUUCUGUGGAGGAGAUCCUUAAAUGUUCGAAGAUGAGGCGUGAAGAUGCUGGAAAGGAGCUCAAAG